AUGGUAAGCGUUAAUGAAACCGACAUGGAUGCUAUGCGAACAAAUAAAGACGGCAGCAAAAUAUGCGGCGUUUGCGGCGACAAAGCUAUCGCGAAAAACUUCGGCGCCGUUUCCUGCGAGAGCUGUAAAGCCUUCUUCAGACGAAACGCACACAAACUGACGGUGUACAAAUGCUAUUUCGACGAGAAAUGCAAAUUAGAUUCAGUGACGCGAAAAUUUUGCCGAAGAUGUCGUCUCCGGAAGUGCUUCGAGAUCGGAAUGAAACAAGAGUGGAUUCUGAACGACGAGGAAAAACAGGUCCGCAGGAAGAAGAUCGAGGAGAAGCGGUCGAAGAAGCGCAAGAACUCAGUGCAGAGUUCGUCAUCCGAGACCAAAUCGGUGAGCGAUUCCAACAGCGGUUCCAACAACCCGUCGCCGCCCGACCUCUUGAGCUCAGCCAUGAAUUCGGUGGAGCUGUACGGCAACGGCGGCGACAUCUCCGACGACGAGAUCAUACACAACAUCACAGACAUCGAGAGCUAUAUCUUCAGCGACGAUGUGGUGGUCAAUAGGGAUGGAGUCGUUGGCGAACUGCCCGGCGAUGGCGACGACGACGACGAAGACGACAUCGCGCCCGACGUCUACCAGAAGGCCGUCGAACUGGAGUUCGCUGUACUGCCGAUCGCCCGACCGAUGGGCGAGUGUAGCGAUACGUUCAAUGAGCUCGAGUACAGUCGACUCACGGAAUUGUUUACGGCGUUGAACAUAAUGCAGACACAGGUGCCCGAGAACGCGGUGCCGAUGGAGAACAUUGAACACAUGUGUCAGAUAAUGGCCACCAAAGUGGACAAAGAGAUCCGAUCGCUGGUGACGGUGUCCAAAGGGUUGAGCGCAUUCAACAGUAUGUGUGAGAACGACCAGAUCUCGCUCCUCAAGUACGGAUCCAUUGAGAUAUUUUGCAUGCGAUCAGUGCUCACAUACGAUAACGUUACCGAUUGCUGGACAUUAGUAAUGGAUAACAAUCAGUCAAUUAUGUUAAAGUUUGAUACACUUGACGGCGAUUUCGUGUUUAGCGCACAUAAAAAGUAUUUACGAAAAAUAGGCAAAGAAUGGGAUUCCGAUCCUUAUAUAUUGGAUCUGUUGACAGCGAUCGUACUGUUCAACCCGGAUCGUCCUAACCUAAUCCACAAAGACAUGGUUAAACUUCAACAGCAAAUGUAUAUGUAUUUACUUCAGAGGUAUCUAUUGCUGAAGAGUAGAUCCGAGUGUCACUCGAAGGAAAAGUUCUUAAGACUAUUGAAUACAUUACACGAUUUGGAUGGUGUGAAUCAAAUGCGAAAUGGUGCAUGCACUAAAGGGGGCCCACCCGAGGCAUUUGGCCCACUACUCAGGGAGAUACUCGAUAUCGACAAUUAAAAUGAUCAUAUUCUUCAUUUAUAUCAUUUUCAUUUUUUCAUAAAUUGUUCAAAUAUUUACAUGUUUUUAGAAUAUAUAUUUUAAGUCAUAAUUUAGUUAUUACUGAACUAAUUGUUAGUUUUCAUAAAACAAAAUCAAUUUUAAAUUACAUUUAUUUUACUACAUAUGAGAUACCAUUUUAAAGUCACGCAAUACUCGUGUGUCUUAUACUAAAUAUAAAUAUUUAUUUUAAUUGUAAACCAAAUUAUUUUAUUCAUUCAAACACUACUUGUAUUAUAUAUUUUUAAAACACAUUAUUUUAAACAAAUUAUUUUAUGUUA